UUCAAAUUCAUCUUUCCUUUCGCUACAUAAGAAGCCGAUCCGCAGGCCCAGGGACCAUAAACCCAUCCAUGCUCCCCAGAUCAGAUCCUCGAUUCUCAAACAAAACCAAGUCCAGCCAUGGCUUCGAAUCAACAAGUGAAGCUUUUCGGAAUCGUAGGAAGCCCAGUUGUGACGAGAGCAGAGAUUGCUCUGAAACUCAAGGGAGUGGAAUAUGAGUACGUUCAUGAAUCCUUGACUAACAAGAGCGAUCUUCUUCUCAAGUACAACCCAGUUCACAAGAAGGUCCCUGUGCUUCUUCACAACGAGAAGCCCAUCUGUGAGUCUCUUGUGGUCGUUGAAUACGUCGAUGAGGCUUGGACUGGCUACCCCAUCUUACCUUCUGAUCCUUAUGACAGAGCCCUGGCUCGUUUCUGGUCUAGGUUCAUCGAUGACAAGUUGUUGCCCGCGGUAUUUAAAGCAGCGUGGAACCCAGACGUGAAGGAGAGGGAAAAGGGAGCUGAAGAAGCAAGAGAGGCUCUGAAAAUUCUGGACAACGAGCUGAAAGGGAAGUUCUUUAAUGGAGAUUCAAUUGGGUUUCUGGACAUCGCUGCUCUGGUCAUCGCUUUCUGGAUGCCGAUAAUUCAAGAAGCUGGUGGGCUUGAUCUGUACAGUGCUGAGAGAUAUCCAAAGCUAGAGAAGUGGGGUCAAGAGAUUUUGAAUCACCCAGUUGUGAAAGGAGUUCUGCCUCCCAGAGAACAUCUCCUCGCCUCCUUCAAAACUCGCUUUCAGAGCAUCGCUGCUUCAAAGUAGAUGAUCACAUAAAUUACCCAUGGUCCAUCUUCGACUUACUUAAUCAUCCCGUGUUGUGAUUGAGACUGGGAAUAAAAUGUGUAACUAGGCUUCGCUCUUGCAAGGGAAACUGACUGUUCUUCGGUUUGGGUUAUCAUGUCAUAAGUCAAGCCUUAUUGUUUGUUGUCCUUUCUUAAAUCUCAUUUUUGUCGUUUUA